GUAGCUGCAUUAACUGCUCCAACGUUACCUCAAGGUUGCCGCUUCCGCGCAGUCGUCCUCAACUCCAGGGGGUGCAACGGGUGUCCCGUAACGUCUCCGAAACUGUAUCACGCUGGCACGACAGACGAUAUCAGAAGCGCCGUGCUCUGGAUCUGCCAUACUUUUCCGCAAUCUUUGAUAUUUGGACUCGGGUUCUCUUUGGGUGCCAACGCCUUGACCAAAUACGUAGGCGAAGAAGGUCCCGAGUGCCCCCUCAGCGGCUUUGGCUCCUGGGUCAACAGAUGGGUGUACGAUUUUGUGCUAGGUGGAGCUCUGCAGGCGCUCCUGGGCAGGCAUCGGAAGGUUUUCUACUCCGACCCGAGCUCGCCAUUACCCGGGGCACUACUGGAUCACUUCCUCAGCCGCAAGUACGUGCGCUUGAGGGAAUACGACGAUGUCAUUACCACUCGGCUCUACGGGUUCAAAGACCACAUGGACUACUACUCGGCCAUUAGCUCUUCCAGGGUCGUCGACCGCAUCUCCAUCCCCUGUCUGGCUAUCAAUAGCAAUGACGAUCCGAUCGUCACGGUGGAAAACAUCCCGAUAUGUCAGGUAUGCUGCGGUAUUCUCCAAUCGCCCUGGGUUGUUCAAGCGGUAACUGCCGGUGGCGGGCAUAUGGGUUGGUUUGCAAAGCCGACACGGCCUGGCAAGAAAUUCGAGCGGUGGUACGUGAAACCUACAUGCGAGUUUCUCUUCGCCCUGAUAGAG